AUGAGCCUACCUCUUCUGAAACUCCGACUACCCCAACGUCGUCACAAACAACCCAAGAACAAACAAGUUCAACAGAGCCGGAGACAACACAGGAGACAACACAGGAAGCCGGAGACAACACAGGAGACAACACAUGAGCCUACCUCUUCUGAAACUCCGACUACCCCAACGUCGUCACAAACAACCCAAGAACAAACAAGUUCAACAGAGCCGGAGACAACACAGGAGACAACACAGGAGUUUACCACUUCUGAAUCUCCUACCACUUCAACUACACCAACAACAACCCCAGAACAAACAACUUCAACAGAGCCGGAGACAACACAAGAUACAACACAGGAGACAAACUACUUCAACAGAGUCGGAGACAACACAGGAGACAACACAUUACCGGAGACAACACAAGAGACAACACAGGAGUUUACCACUUCUGAUUCUCCGACCACUUCAACUACAUCAAAAACAACCUCAGGACAAACUACUUCAACAGGGCCGGAGACAAAACAGGAGACAACACAGGAGCCUCUCUCUUUUUAUUCUCCUACCACUUCAACUACAUCAACAACAACCCAAGAACAAACAACUUCAACAGAGCCGGAGACAACACAGGAGACAACACAUGAGCCUACCUCUUCUGAAACUCCGACUACCCCAACGUCCUCACAAACAACCCUGGAACAGACAUCUCCAAAAGGGCCGGAAUCAACGCAGGAUACUACCACCUUUGAUUCCCCUAUCACUACAACGACUUCAAAAUCUACCCCCCAACAAACUACUUCUACAGAACCAGAAACAACGCAGGAGCCUACCAUUUGUGGUUGUUAUACCACUCCAAUGGUAACGACCCAAGAACAAACUACUUCAACAGGGCCGGAGACAAAACGGGAGACAACACAGAAGCCUAUCUCUUCUGAUUCUCCUACCACUUCAACUACAUCGACAACAACCCAAGAACAAACAACUUCAACAGAGCCGGAGACAACACAAGAGACAACACAGGAGUUUACCACUUCUGAUUCUCCGACCACUUCAACUACAUCAACAACAACCAAAGAACAAACAACUUCAACAGAGCCAGAGACAACAUAG